GGAAGUGUCCAAGUAUCGUCCAAUCAGAGCCCUGGGUGUGGGCCAUGUGACCUAGCUGCGUAAAGAAGGCUUGAAGUGUACAGAGAAUAUGGAGGUACCUCUGUUCAGCUUCACAGCGGAGAGGUACUGGACGGAGGAGAAAGAGAGGGCGCUCAUAGCGUUUUUCUCCAAGCACAGCUGUCUGUGGAACCACCGGUCAGAGAGCUACAAAAACCGGCAGCUGCGAUGGAAAACCUUGGAACACCUGAGGGUCCUCCUGUCAGCCCACCCACCCCCUGUCCCUCUCACAGUGGAAGACAUAAAGAACAAGUUCAAGAACCUGCGUACCACCUUCCAGCGCCAGUAUAAGAUAGUGAAGGCCAGCGCGGUGUGCGGGUCGGACGACGUGUUGGUGCCGCAGUGGAAGCACUACCAGCAGUUGCUGUUCCUGCAGGGCUGCUGGGAGCAGGAGGGGGGCGCAGAAGUGCUGCGCUCCCCUUUGACCACUCCUCAGGAGGAGAGCCAGCCCCCCCUGUCCCCCCCGCUCAUCCUCUCCUUCCUCCCCACCACGUCCACAUCGCCCCCCUGCAUCCUACCCAACAUGAUGCUCAAAGGUUUUUGGACUGAGGAGAGGGAGCGCGCUCUGAUCGCCUUCUACUCCGAGCAUCAGUGUCUCUGGAGGAGGAAGUCUGAGAACCACAACAACCGUCAGCUGAGGCUGAGGCUCCUGGAGGCCCUCAGGGGCCAGCUGUCCGACCACUCCGUGUCCUUCUCAGUUGAAGACAUGAAAUGUAAGUUCAAGAACCUCCGUACGGUGUUUAACCGUGAGUACAAGGCGGUGCAGGCCCACCGGCUGUCGGACAGACUCUACGUGUCGAAAUGGAAGCACUACCAGCAGCUGAUGUUCCUCUGCCAGGCCUGCGACCAGGAGCACCUGAUGCUGCAGGAGGACAGGGAAGUGGAACAGGGAAACCAAACACCCUCCUCCUCCCUGAGCAGCUCCUCCUCCAGCUCUGUUCAAAUCAACACCAUCAAGUACGAACCCUCCCCUCUGCCCUCCAGUGAAGCCAGAACCAGCAGCAGUAUCUUCCUCUCUGCGCCUCCAGACGAGCCACCCAGCCAAACACCUGCCUCUCCCUCCACUUCACUAGCGGACACCAAGCCUUGUUCAGACGCCCCCCCUCUACAUGUCCUCGCCUCAGUGGAGCCCGACAGCAGGCUGAGCAUGGUCCCCCGCUGCCAUUGGACCGAGGCCCGGGUGCAGCAGCUCAUAUCCUUUUACUCUGGACACAGCUGCCUCUGGAACCACAGGUCCGAAAGCUACAGGAACCGGCUGCUGAGACAGAGCCUGCUGGAGACGCUGAGCCGCCUCCUGUCUGAGCGCGACUCAGCACCCUUCACAGUGGAAGACAUAAAGACAAAGUUCAGGAACCUGCGGACCAUCUUCCAGCGCGAACACAAGGCGAUGAGCUCCAACAGAACCUGCGGCUCGGAGGACUUCUACCUCCCCAAGUGGAAGCACUACGGCCAGCUGCUGUUCCUCUGCGACUCCUGCGACGAGGACGAGCCUCCUGAACCCCCCCAGGUUCCCCUCAGCAGCCAUCACCACGACAACCAAUCUGCUUCCAAACUGGACAUCACAUCAGGGAGCCACAAAGCCCCUCCCUCGCCCACUCCCCCAGACUCCCAGCACUCCACCCCCUCCUCCUCCCCCUCCUCUCUCUCUGACAGCAGGGUGUUGGGAUGCAAGCGAGGCCUUCAGCCCCCCCCCAGCGAGCUGCUAGACAUCAUGAGGACGUUCUGUCAGAGCCAGCUGAUGUCCCCGCACGCAGGGUUCCUCAAGUACGUGGAGGAGUGUCUGAACGAGACGCCGCCGGACAAAGUGAGGAAGCUAAAGAAAAAGAUCAUCGAGACCAUCCACAGCGUGGUGGAGGAGGACUAGAACUUCAGUCUGUGAGCCCAGAUCAGUCUCACUGGGUGACCUUCUGAAGUUUCCAUAACAUCACCUGUCAGCUGUUCUGAUUCAAUUGGACCUGGUUGGAAACCUGUAUGAAGUUCUGUCAGCAUCUCUGCCAUCCAGUUAGAGGAAGCCCUGUACACGUGUUCUGUGGCAGCAUAGCUUCAGCUGGGGGUGGUUGGAGUUCAUCCAAAGAGCAGCAAAGACACCAAAGCUUCCAGAACAACUCACUCUACUAGAGAGCCUGGCUGGAUGACAGCAGGCAGACCAGAUGUAACAUGCUGAUCCUAAAGAAGAGCAUUUCCCUAAAAUGACGCUCCAAUUGUGGAUGUCAUUCAAACAAACAGUACAUUCAGCCUGACAUGGUAAAAGAACUCUAGCUGUGUGUUGGUGGUUUGUUUUUAAAAAGCUGGGUUUGUGCACACUGUGCUCUCUGACCAAUCAGUGAUGCAGUGUUUUCUCAUCACCUUUAUCAUCAGCUCAGCUCGCCUGGAACCUUGACUAUGGUGAUUCUAGAAAAAGUCCGAAUUAAAACCAAGUGUUACUGCAACUAUUCAUUAUGGAACACCAAAACUGAGGAGUGGAGCCGUGCGGCACGACGGAAGCAGCUUUAUAGUCUGACCCAACACUAACAACACUAAUGUGAGGGUUCAAGCACCCCCAUGUCUCAUGUCUGAAAUAUGCACACAGUACUGAACCCUAACUUGAUGCUCCCUGUUUCAAAUACAAUUCAGAUCUCAAAGUAUCCCACGAUGCACUGCAGUUUGGGGCAUUAUUAUGCUACUUAUAAACUGAUGAUUGUAAUGGAAACUUCUGGGACGGGAGACACGGGAGAGCUGGAACUUGAUGGCAGACACUGAACUUACAGCCGGAGAAUUGACAAGACAUUUGCUGCAGCCACGAGGUGACACAGCGGUUGCCCGACCAAUUCUGAAGGUCUCUCCCUGGUCCUGUGUAUUCAGCUGGUUCUGAGAAUAGUCAACAAAGAUGAGAAAGGCACAGUACAAUAACCUCUUUCAGCUGAAGCCAACAGGCAGGAGGAAGGAGACAGAACACUGAGAGCAGCCCAAAGUCUCAGGCCUGUGCUCAGUGAGGGGGGUGCAGACUGAUAAACUGGGUCAGGUAUGGGCCGAGGAACAUCAUUUGCUCUGCAAUAAUAAUCAACACACAUGAAGAAGUCUGUUUGGAUGCACAGCCUGAAUAUUAUUGUUGAUAAACAAAAUGAUGGCAAAGCACUUGGUUUCACUUAGGAAUCUCUUCCUAUAGAUGGGAUGGAUCAUUUUAAUAUUCAACACUCAAGACAAAAAGGUUGUUGUUUUUACCCUAUGUUAUGUUCCGUCCUUAAAAGUGUUCUCACAACGAUGCCGUCAGAUUAACACGUCUGAUCGAUGUGCCUUUGGAUGUGUUUUUAUCUUAAAUAACUUAGUUCUUUGUCCAUCAAAUCAUCAGCUAGACUGUGCCAUAGGGAUGGGAUAAAGAUACUUAUCAAUUGUGUCCCAAUAACCAUUGAAAACAUCCCCAUGUGUAUCAAGAAGGACCUUUAUUGAUCCCCAGAGGGGGAAAUUCAGUCUUCCACACUUUAUACACGCACAUGCAUGUUUUUAGUUGUAAAGUUACAAAUACUCACAGUUAUGAGUGCACACAUGCACAUGCGUUUUUGAAGUACAGUUACUAAUACACAGUAAUGCACACACCGCAUGUAUUGAGAGGAUCCAGAGCGGAGAGGCUGCCAGUCUAACCGGGGCCAGGGGGCCGUUUUGGGAGUUUGGUGCCUUGCUUAAAGGCACCUCAGCAGUGGCCCAGUAGGUGAACUGGCUCCUCUCUAGUACCAGUCCACACUCCAUAUUCCUUUAGGUCAGAUCGGGACGCGAAUCAGCAACCCUCCGGUCCAAAGUCCAAGUCCCUUCAGACUGAACCACUGCUGCCCAAGUCACACAUGGCCAAGGACUGGCACUUUGCAGUUCAAGUCAGACUGAGGUCAGCUCUGCAUGGCAUACUGCACGGACCACAGUGUUUGACAGGUGCACAUGUUCCUCUGUUUCUGGAGGAAGAAAGGUCGACAACCAAGAACAUAUCAACUUAUGUUGCACCAUGUUGGACUGACAUCUUUGUAUUGGAUACUGUAAUCAUUUUAAAAACCACACAGGCUCAAAGACAACAGAUGGAAAUAUUCCUUAAGCACUACAGUAUUUUGGAACACAACAUCGCUGUACUUUGGGAAAGAUGGAGAACAUGUUUUACUUUAUUCCCUUUAAAAUAGAUUUCUGUCCCACUGGGAUUCAAAUGUCACAAUGACAUUGCAACAUCCAAUACCUACAAAUUAAAAUCAGAGCUAAUAUAAAUCCAUUUGCUGAGGGCAGAUUAAUGAUUAGUCCUGCAUUGUCAUUCAUCCAGUCACACAGGAUGUUGCACUUACUGACGCGGCGCUUUUAGACAGGAUAGAUGAAUAAAGCCAUGAGCUCUAAUGUGCACCUUUUAUUUAUUAGAGCACUUAUUGGGAAAACCAACU